AUGGCGGACGAUGUGGAACAUUUCUUAGAGUUUGUCUUAAAAAGGUCGGAAGAAAUAAGUUUGCAGGAAAACGAAGACAUUCUCUCUGAACUAUUAAGACAUAUAGAUUUGCUUGGUAGGACAGUACAAUUACUGGAAGAAAUAAGAGAUUUUGUUGUGAAUGCUGGUGAGCCUGAUUCAGGGAAAUGGCAUUAUGGCAGCAAUUGGUGAACGUUUAUUGUGAAAUUGAAAGCGAAUUUAUUUGUCUCUACAAUCGCGAAGCAACUCGAAUUACCGUAACAUGCCAACUACCGUUGUUAAUUGAGGAAACUAAAUGUCCUGGCAGACCGGGUUAUCACAUUCCAAAGGAGAGUCUGGUAGAAUUACGAGGACUUAAUUUUUCUUGGUGCAAGAUCUCGGAAAUGUUUCGCGUGCGGCAGGUACAAAACGCAGGUUGCAGGUUGCAGGUUGGAAUUUUGCAGGUUGGGAAUUUUGCAGGUUGGGGAUUUUGCAGGUUGGGGAUUUUGCAGGUUGGGGAUUUUGCAGGUUGGAAUUUUGCAGGUUGCCAGGAACUUUGCUGGUUGAUAAUGCAAACUUAAAAUUGCACCACUAUAAAGUAUUCUAGUAUAACUUAGUUGUGCAUUUAUUGCAGUCUGACUCCUUGUCGGCGCUUUUUAUAUCAGCCUAUCCUGCCGCUAUGUUCCUAGCCUCUGCUUUAAGGCUAGUGGCCAUCACCCCGGUGAAAACAUUAAAAAUUGAUGACCAGAUUGGCUUGGACCUACAGGGAGACGAAUAUGUUUUGAUUGUUGCGAGGUGCCUACAUGACCUGGCGCGUUUAUACUAGAAUGUUGUUAAAAGUUAACUAACUCUCGAGUAAUGACACAGUAAUUGGGGGCUUGAGUGGAUUUCUCAUAAGUGGGUGCAGAGGAGAUACACCUCAUUCAGGCAUUUUCUGAACUGCCACCACGUCAUGUAGGCACCUCGCAACAAUCGAAACAUUCGUGCCCUGAAGGUCCAAGCCAAUCUGGUCAUUUUGAAUGUUUUCACAAGGGUGAUGGCUAUUCCUUAGAGCAGAAGCUAGGAACAUGGUAGCAGGAUGGGCUGAUAUCAAAAGCGCCGACAAGGAGUCAGACUGCAAUAAGUACACAAUUAAAUUAUACUAGAAUACUUUAUAGUGGUGUAAUUUUAAGUUUGCAUUAUCAACCUGCAAAAUUCCUGGCAACCUGCAAAAUUCCAACCUGCAAAAUCCCCAACCUGCAAAAUCCCCAACCUGCAAAAUCCCCAACCUGCAAAAUUCCCAACCUGCAAAAUUCCAACCUGCAACCUGCGUUUUGUACCUGCCGCACGCUAAACAUUUCCGAGAUCUUGCACCAAGAAAAAUUAAGUCCUCGUAAUUCUACCAGACUCUCCUUUGGAAUGUGAUAACCCGGUCUGCCAGGACAUUUAGUUUCCUCAAUUAACAACGGUAGUUGGCAUGUUACGGUAAUUCGAGUUGCUUCGCGAUUGUAGAGACAAAUAAAUUCGCUUUCAAUUUCACAAUAAACGUUCACCAAUUGCUGCCAUAAUGCCAUUUCCCUGAAUCAGGCUCACCAGCAUUCACAACAAAAUCUCUUAUUUCUUCCAGUAAUUGUACUGUCCUCGUACCAAGCAAAUCUAUAUGUUUUAAUAGUUCAGAGAGAAUGUCUUCGUUUUCCUGCAAACUUAUUUCUUCGGACCUUUUUAAGACAAACUCUAAUUUUUUCGCAAAAUUUCCUUCCCAAAAUUCUAAAUUUCCUUCUAUUUUUCCUUCCAAUGUCAGUUUAAAAUAUUAUAGUAAAUUUUCAUGCACUGUACUCCCGAUGUAAAUUGAAGGUGUACUGCAGUAUUCAAAUAGUGAAUAUCUAAUUUAACCUGAAAAAACAUGUUCUGUUGUCUCAUUUUUUGUCUGUUUUCUCGAACGACGUAGAACUUAAAAGACUUUUUUAUGAAUUGGACCAGGCACUUUUGGACCAGGCACUUGUCCUGCACGCUUUCUACUACGUUUGCAUUUGAAAACUACUUGAAGCUUCAUCUUCUGGUGAGCCUGACUAGAUGUCAACUCAAUAUGAGCCAUCAUAAUUUAUAAAUUACUUUUUUUGGUUUACAAAUUACAGUUUCUCUUUUUCCGACUGUUUUUUUUUUUUAAUUUGGGGUUAUAAAAAUUCAAAACCCUCGAAAAAAUUGAAAAAAGUACUCUACUCACUUACUCACUGAAUACCUGUUAAUUAAGUCCCAAAUUACCCCCAUUCAUCCUUGAUGGUUAUGUAAAUAUCUGAAGUGUUAUUUUUAUAAAUGUUUUUGAACUCAAAAGUUAAUAAUAAAGUGUUUAACCAUUAUUAAAUUACUAGAAAUUACUGAAAAAGUUUAAAUUGUAAAAUUUCCUUCCCUUUUCCUUCGAAAUGGCCGAAUUUCCUUCCAAUUUCCUUCCAAAUCUUAUUUCCUUUUAUUUUUCCUUCCAAAUGCCAAAAUAUCCUUUUGGAAGGAAAUUUCCUUCCGAGUGGAAGCUCUGCCGGAGAGUGUCCGCGGCGUCGGGUAGUCGCCCCAGGAAGUUUAAAUGAUUAUUUGAAAAGUUUAAAUGAUUAUUUGAAAAAGUUUAAAUGAUUAUUUGCAAAAGUUUAAAUGAUUUAUUUGAAAAGGUUUAAAUGAUUAUUUGCAAAAGUUUAAAUGAUUAUUUGCAAAAGUUUAAAUGAUUAUUUGCAAAAGUUUAAAUGGUUAUUUGCAAAAGUUUAAAUGAUUAUUUGCAAAAGUUUAAAUGGUUAUUUGCAAAAGUUUAAAUGAUUAUUUGAAAAAGUUUAAAUGAUUAUUUGGAAAAGUUUAAAUGAUUAUUUGAAAAAGUUUAAAUGAUUAUUUGCAAAAGUUUAAAUGAUUAUUUGAAAAAGUUUAAAUGAUUAUUUGGAAAAGUUUAAAUGAUUAUUUGAAAAUGUUUAAAUUCACAAACAAAGCAGUUCAAAUCAAAGACAUUUUAGCAUAAAUUUUUACAAAGAUUUUUGGAAUGCAUAUAUAUAGGAACACAUUAAAUAUUGCUACAAAUGGGCAGGCAUAUAGAGGUCCAAAAUGUAGUGUAUCCCUCAUUAUCCCCCUACGAGGGUGGAAGAACCUCUGGCACCUAGGGUACUAUAUACCACAACCAGCCAACUUUCUGAAAUUUCUUAUAGCCAAAAUUUUUAAAUUACCGAACUCGUUCAGACAGCCUGUUAUACCUUAGAUAGGAAACGUUUUAUGAAAUAAUAAAUGGGGUGUAACCAUACAUUUUUUCCGAAGUGGAUUUCUUUGAUGAAAGCCAUGCAAUAUUUUGGCCAUAUUAGAUCGUCAUUGUUACUAUAGCAACAUUUUUCCAACUCUUACCGUUUUAGAUUAUAAUUUCAUAGUUUCUGAUUAUAAUUUCACUUCAGUUAGAUUUUAAUUCACUCGUUUCCAACCAUGAAGCUGGCGUUACGUCAUUUGAUCAAUUUCUAAAGCUGAUAUAGUCUUAUUGGAUUUAUUAUUUUGGAUAGGGUUAUAGUUGGGAUUAGGGGUUAAAGUAGGGGUAGGGUUUGGGUUAGUUAUAUACGUAGCCAUUUAACACCUCUUCCAUCCUCCGAAAAUGACUCAGUUCACGUCAGUUUGGUAAAUGGAAACAAUUCGCACUUUAACUCAUUUACAGUAGAAAUAUACCAAUUCAAGUCUUUUUAUUGUUAUUUUUUAUUUCUUGAUCACUUUCACGAAAGAAUAAGAAAAGCCUGACACCAAUUAUUUAAUAUUUAAAUGAUAUUUUUAUUUUUAGCUCUAUACUAUGCUCUUUAUUUUUAGCUCUACUCCUUACUACAAUCAUAAUCGCUCCAACACGUAAUCCACCAAUGCUCCUGUCUACAGUUUUAGCUAUUCAACAGAGUCCAAUUCCAUCUAUUCUCCAGAGUUCAGAUCUUGCCACACCUAGACUAGUCACCGAAUCGGUGAUGAUGACGUCUUCGUCGAAAGAGAGCGCUGUGUUGAAGGCCUUGUCAUCCAUACAAGCUUCGCCAACUACGCCGGAAGUUUUGCCCAGCAGCACUUUGACUCCUGAAG